UUUACGUAGACGUGCGUCUCACCUGUGACCUAAGAAGAGUUAAAAGGAUAAGAAGUGUUACCCUCUUCCUUUGUAUUUGCAGUCAACAUUUGAAACGAUUCAUGGUCUACCAGUGAAGACAUCUGUGUGAAAUAUAAUUACAAAUUAGUUGAAAAUCAAUGGUAACGAGAUGAAUUAUAUGCCUGGGACUGCGAGCCUCAUUGAGGAUAUUGAUAAAAAACACCUUGUCCUUCUCCGUGAUGGAAGAACAUUGAUUGGAUUCCUUAGAAGCAUAGAUCAGUUUGCCAAUCUAGUUCUGCAUGAAACCGUGGAACGUAUCCACGUUGGCAAGAAGUAUGGGGACAUUCCCAGAGGAAUAUUCAUUAUCAGGGGGGAAAAUGUCGUCCUGCUUGGGGAAAUUGACCUGGAGAAGGAAAGUGACACAGUGCUGCAGCCAGUGUCCAUUGAGGAGAUCUUGGAGGACCAGAGAUGCCAGCAACAAGCAAAGCAAGAAGCAGAAAGGAUGAAGCUGCAGGUCCUGAAGGAGCGGGGUCUGUUUGUCCCCAGAGCAGACACACUGGAUGAAUACUGAGUAAUUAAGCCUGUUGGUGAUUAUGAGCACAACUGCUCAUUAUUUUGCCAUCUUGAUUUUGUAAUCCUGAAUUUGACCUUUAAGAGAUUAUAUCUUCUGUAGUCAGAUGGGGUAAUAGAAGACAAAAAAAAACUCUUGACUCUCCCAGCAAGUAGCUACGAGAACUGCUUGUCCAACAGCAUUCUAGCUUAAGUAUAUUUAAAAGCAUUUGUUUUAUUGCAUUUCAUUGGACAGGGAAACAACAUGAGAGCCUUAUUUUUGAUGCUGUAUUUUAUUUUCCAUGUAACUGUUUUAUGCUGUGUAAGGAUAGAGUGCCUUUGAUGUCAAUGCAGCGAGAUUGUUUUUCAUAAGGUAUUUUUGUUCAAAUAAAAAAAAUUGCUGUUGCAGUA